AUGCCUUCGCAAAAGAGUAUUCAAGCUGGUCUGUCGCUCAUCGAGAGUGACAAGUCCAAGCUCCUAGGCUUGAGCGUCGGAAAGCACGGCAACGUCGAGCCAGGAGUGUACAUUCCCCGCGCAGAUGCCCAGUCGCCUCCUAAGAUCUCUUUCCCCGGUCUGUCAACCGACAAGACCUACUUUGUCGUAUCUCUGGAUAUCGAUGCGCCGUUCCCAUCCUUUGGCGUGCUUGGACCCAUUCUACACUGGAUCCAGCCCGGAGUCAAGGCCAGUGAAUCGGGAGAGCUCGAUCUUAGCGCUCCCUUCGUUGCCAACUAUAUUGGUCCUGCGCCCCCGCCUGGUAGCAGUCCCCACCGCUAUACAUUCUACCUCUACGAAGAGCCUGCUGGAUUCGAUACUGCAAAGUAUGCUCCGGCCAAUGGUCAGAAACUAGGAAAUUGGACCCGGAUCAGAUAUGACCUUGAUGCCUGGGCGAAGGAGAUUAACUUGGGUCCUGUCUUGGCAUUCAACUACUUUUUCAGUAACUAG